UGUGACGUCAGGGGGCGGGGCGCCGAGCGGGGAGACGGAGGCCAAGAUGGUUUACAUCUCGAACGGACAAGUGUUGGAUAGCCGGAGUCAGUCUCCAUGGAGAUUAUCUUUGUUAACAGAUUUCUUCUGGGGAAUAGCAGAGUUUGUGAUUCUGUUUUUCAAAACUCUGUUUCAGCAAGAUGUGAAGAAAAGAGGCUAUAGAAGUUCAUCUGAUUCUAGAUAUGAUGAUGGAAGAGGGCCGCCUGGAAACCCUCCCCGAAGAAUGGGUCGCAUUAAUCAUCUGCACGGCCCCAGCCCUCCUCCCAUGGCUGGUGGAUGAGGAAGGUAA